UCUAUUAUCUACAGUGUUCUGAUAAGACUGAUAAUAACGAGUACACCUUGUUUGGUUUACUUCUUAUUUAGUACCAUACUGGAUUAGGUUUCGACCCAUCAUGACUCGCGACCGAUUACCUGAUUUGUGUGCAAUUCGCAAGCACAGUGCUGCGUUUGGGACAGGAUUUUUACAAGAUGUUCACAUACAGAUGUACCAAAACAAAAAAAUGAAUAAAGUCCUGGAGGAAGUCGAACAGAUCCGAACGUUGAUUCAACUAAUCAUUGACAAUACCAAUGUUAUUAAGGAACUCCAGAAUAAUGUUCUUUACUACAACAAUCGCGAAAUCCAAGCUGAACUGGAUACUAGGACGCAGGUAAUCUCCGAGACAGCUUCUCGUGUUCAGAGAAAACUAAAAGAUAUGGAAAAAGAUAUUACGCUGGUUGAAGAUCUGUCCAUUGAUACGGCGAGAGAAGGGCCGAUACACAUGCGAAUUAAAAUAUUACAAUUCUCAACAAUGUGGCGCUUGUUUGCAGAAGUCAUGAGCGAAUAUAAUGAGUGCCUGUUGCGAUACCAGGAUAAAUACACGUCGCUUUUGUACCAACAGAAAUUAUUGACAAAGAAAGAAUGCACUGGCGAAGAAUUCCAGCAGAUGCUCGAUAGUAAAGAAACUGAUCUAUUUGUAGACAAUAUUUUGCAGGAUACUCGCACAGUUGCACUACAGCUGUCAAAUCUACAAACAAGGCAUGAUGAAUUUCUAAGGAUAGAAAAAUCAAUCACUGAAGUGCGCGAUAUGUUUGUAGAAAUGGCAUUCCUCGUAGAAAAGCAGGGUGAGAGAUUAAACUGUGUCGAAUACUUUGCUGGAAAAGCUACGGGAGAUGUUGACAAUGGUCGCAGUGUUCUAAGCAAAGCUGAAAGAAAAAGUCACAAGUAUAAAAAAUGGAAAAUUAAAAUCCUGCUAAUUGUUGGUCUCAUUCUACUAGUUUUGAUACUUCUAGCCAUCUUUUUUUAAUGAGAGCAGAGAUUAUGGAUCAGCUGGAUGCGUCAACUUGAAAGUUAUGUAUUAAUUCAUAUGUACUAUUAGCAUGAGUGAUAUCUAUGAUAAAAAUUGUGAAACUUUUACAACUCAUGCUUGUCAAUAAAAAAAAAAAAUGACGAUUGUCAGUUUUUGGGUAUUUUGGUUCUUA